GACCGAGUCAAGAGACUCAAGCAACUAUAUCAGCAUUCUUUUUACAUGGCAAACCCAGCAUAGCUCAUCGAGUACAUAUACAAUCGAAGAUAUACAUAUUCUACGUACUACUUGCGAUCCCAACCGUCCCCUUCAGCUAGCCCGCAGGGAGAGCUCCGAAGAUAGCGAAAGAGAAUCGCUAUACUCCAUCCCAUCCCGCAAAACCCUGUCGACCAUCACUCAAAAAGUAUCUACAGAACUCAACAUCUACACCCAACAAAGAACCAAAAACACCACCACACAAAAUGGCCACAAAUUACCAUAUAAUCCCCGCUACAACCCCUCAUCACCUCACCGCCGCCCGCACCCUCUUCACAGCCUACGCCACAUGGCUCAACAUCGACCUUACCUUCCAAAAUUUCCAAGCCGAGUUAUCCUCUCUCCCUGGUAAAUACAGCCCCCAGGAAGGCGGUGACCUUCUUCUCGCAUACAGCAGCAGCGCAGACCCCUCCCCGCUGGGCUGCGUGGCUCUCCGUCCGCUCCCUGACAAGGAUGAUGAGCGGCAACAGCGGCAACUCUGCGAGGUCAAGCGGCUGUAUGUUACUCCUGAAGCGCGGAAGAUGGGACUGGGGCGGGCGUUAGUGAGUUCGAUUGUGGCGAGGGCGAGGGAACUGGGGUAUCGGGGGAUGAGACUCGAUACGUUGCGCAGUAUGGAAGGACCGAUUCGGCUGUAUCGGAGUCUGGGGUUUGUGGAGGUUGGGCCGUAUUAUGAGACGCCUUUGGUGGAGGAGACGGUGUUUUUAGGUUUGGAUUUUGGAAAUGAGUAGUACAUUUUACUUCAUUGGGUGAGGGUGGGAGGGGACUGUUUCUGAUUUCUUGUUCAUGUCUGGUCUGAGCGGGUGGGAAUAGGAAGAGUUGGGGGUAUAGACUUCGUCAAGAUUAUGGUUAUUUAGGUUGAGGCAUAGCAAGGUGUGUGUAUGUAUAUAUAGUAAGUUCAUUUUUUCGAUAUGAAAUAGAUAGAUAACAAAUCAAUGGAAACAUGUCUCUAUAACUCAGACUGUUGAGCUUGAUAUUUUUUGGAUUUGCACUCAUCGCAGAUCAUCUGCAUCAUGCCAAAAGAAGGAAGUCAUCAUAGUUUAAGAGACAAUGCGAGCAACAAAUAACCGGAGCAAUUCCAAGUUUCAUUAAAAGCUUGCCCAUAACCAAGCUGUAGGCUGUACGCCCUUUCCAAGAAAUCCUCCUCGCAUAUCAUGGACGGCGUAAAUUAUCCGCAGAUUAUCGGGUCCCAAGCCUGUUCAAGAGCAUUAUCUUCCAAGGCAUUUUGGGUUGCCAGCCACCUCGAAUGUGGAGGAACAGCA